AUGGUUCCCAGCAUGGACGCACCGUACUGCCCGUCCCCGAGCCCCAUCAACUCCCCUGGGGGGCCCGACGAGCUCUACCGCCACCCCCCCGCGCCGAGAACCCACUGGCCGGGGUGGACAAACCUCGCCGGGCAGCAACAGGUGUUACAGUGCGCGCGGCUCUCGGAGCUCUACGCCGCGUUGCACCGGCACUACAUGCUGAGCUGUCCGUUUGAGCGGCUGGAGAGUGGGACACGUGUCCUCAUCAGCUGGAAGUGGGAGCCGACCGCAGAGCAGGGGGUCGUGGACGUCAAGUUCAAGAGCCCCGCUGAGGUGGCCGCUGAGCUGGCGGACCUGAGGCGGGGCAAGGUGGACGACAAUAGGAGCAACGAAGGUGGCAUUCUUCACUUGGUGGGAAGCACAGACGUUUUCUGGAGCAGCAUCAUUUAUUGGCACAUGCACGGCACGUGCAUGCCCAUAAGCUAUGCUGAGCUGGGGUUCAAGGUGCCGCGGCCGCCAACCAAAAAGCCGCCCCCCGAAGACGACCGCUUCGCUGGCCCUCGGAUGCGGAGGCUCAACGAGCGCCUCUCGCGCUCGUCCGACAAGUCUCCGGUCUCGGACGACGAGUCCGCUCUGCGCCCCCAGCGGAAUCCGUUCCCGGACCUUCCGCCCGGGUGGCAGGACGCCCGGCGCGCGUGGGACAAAGCGCUCGAGCGGACCGCGCGGGUGGGCUACAUUGUGCACUGCAUGUUCUUUUGCAGCGAGGCAGGGUGCGCCGCGGGCGAGCACUGCGCGUUGCGGCACGACGAGAAGCGGUGAGUGACUUUAAGUGUCCUGGUGAUUCUUCAGAUAAAAGCCGUUGAAUUCGAUUCAGAUUGCCUCGCGCAAAAUGAACUCUGAAAUGAUAGCGGUAGGUGUAUUGCAUGUUCUUCUGCACCGACGCGG